AUGAGGAAAGAAAUCUGCACCAUCGCUUUUGCCCGAGCUGUCUUUACCGAAUUCUUAGCCACCUUGAUUUUUGUCUUCUUUGGCUUAGGAUCAGCCCUGAAAUGGCCUUCAGCCUUGCCCACCGUCCUCCAGAUCGCCCUGGCUUUCGGCUUGGCCAUUGGCACCAUGGCACAGACCUUUGGCCACAUCAGUGGUGGACACAUGAAUCCAGCAGUGACGAUCGCUUUCUUUGUCGGCAACCAGAUCUCUUUCCUCCGGACCCUGUUCUACAUCGUGGCCCAGUUGGUGGGGGCCAUUGCUGGAGCAGGCAUCCUUUAUGGAGUGACUCCUGUUAACGUCCGUGGCAACUUGGCAGUCAAUGGGCUCAGCAACAACACAACUGCAGGCCAGGCCGUGGUGGUGGAGAUGAUCCUCACUUUCCAGCUUGUUAUGUGCAUUUUUGCCUCGACUGACAGCCGCCGACGGGACAACGUAGGCUCUCCAGCCCUGUCUAUCGGGCUGUCUGUCACCCUGGGUCACCUGGUUGGGAUCUAUUUCACUGGCUGCUCUAUGAAUCCAGCUAGGUCAUUUGGUCCUGCUGUUGUCAUUGGCCGAUUCAGCCCUGCUCACUGGGUCUUCUGGGUGGGACCCAUCUGCGGAGGCAUCCUGGCUUCUUUGCUUUACAACUACCUGCUGUCGCCCCACUCGAUGAAUCUGUCUGACAGAGUAGCAAUUGUGAAAGGCACUUACGAGUCAGAAGAAGAGUGGGAAGAGAAGGAGAAGAGCAUGGAGAUGUCCUCCCCUUAA